AUGCCUCCAAAAAGCAAAGCAAAAGCUUUUAGGAACCCUCCUGCACAGGCUCUAGUUCGGUCAAAAAAUGGACCUCCGGAACCCUUUUCACGACCCUCCUCUAAGCUUGAACCCUUCCUCUCGACGCUUUCGACAAACCAUAUCUAUAUCACCCAUAUCGACACGAAACCCGUCGACUUCAAGCGCAAGAUCUUCCUUGUUCCAGUUCUUAUGAACAUUGCCAUCGUUGGCCUGAUAGUAUGGCGCAUCAAAUACAUCCUGCCUUGGUACACGAAGAUAUGUUGGUCUUUGAUGACUGGCAGGAGAAACGAAACUACCUUGGAUACGGCGCGGAUGCCAUACAAUGAUAUAGCAAAGCAAAUACUACGUCGAUUCUUGACAUUUGUGCUUGAUCUGAUGAUCUACGUGUUUAUAUGGCCGUGGCCGAGUGCUUUCUUCACUGGCCGAGUCGCAGGCAAUCCUGUCCUGUGGAGAUUCAUUGUCGGAUUCAACAGAGAGGAGAUUAUUGUCCGCCGGAGUAGGAAAUGGUUCGAACCGGGCUUAAACAUGUUGGAGGACGGGAGUAAACAGGAUCUGGUGCUCAGCACCGUUCGUCAGGCCACAAAUCCUAUGUGGAUGAACGAAAAGACGGGAUAUCUGAUGCUUAGCAAGGAGUGGGAUCUAGACUGGAAGCUUAUGGUUGCUGCCACCAAGCUUUGCGAUAAGAAGGAGAUGGAUAUGAAGGAUUUCAAGCCUACGAUUUUCAUCCAUGAUAAAACAUUUGGAUGGAUGACAAUUGAGUCGGCUGCUGCAAGUGGCACCGCGAAAGAGGAAGAAGGACGUAAAUUGUAG